AACUCUUCCCCAGGUGGUUUAGGAAACAGUAGAGAAGAGACUGGUGGCCCUGAGUUCACAAUGUCGGGUAGGAAGCCCCGGUCUGUGGCAAACCCUCUGGAGUCUGCUAUCACCACACCGAGUGAGAGGAUCCUGAAGGAAUGUCACAGUUUGUAUGUCGACAGCGAAAACGGCCUGGUGAAGAUUGCCAGCAGCCUUGGAGUUCGGCUCCUGCCUCCCAGAAAGAAGAUCAUUGUGAUGAUACUGGGUAACCACUCUGCGGGGAAGAGCUCCUUCAUUAACUGGUAUGCUGAAGAGCACAUACAGAAAACAGGCGUCGCCAUUGAAACGCAGGGGUUCACCUUCAUCACAAGUGGUCGCAAAAGAGAGUCACUGACGGGGAAUGCAACUCUACACCUCUACCCUCACUUUCGACCAAUCCUUGAGUUCAAAGGUGUGAUGGACUAUCUGUCUGCUGAGAUCUCCACCUCCAAGCAGAAGAAGUUCAGUCUGGUGACAUUUGUGGACACACCAGGUUUGGUGGACGGGGACAUGGUCUACCCUUUUGAUGUCAACAGCGCCAUCACCUGGUUGGGAGAACAGGCCGAUCUGAUAUUUGUGUUCUUCGACCCAAUGGGUCAGGCGCUCUGCAAACGCACACUCAACAUUGUGGAGAAGCUGAGUGAGAAAUGCGGAGACAAGCUGUUGUUCUACCUCAGCAAGGCCGAUGAAGCUGGGAGUGAAACCGACAGACAGAGGGUGAUGAUGCAGAUAGUCCAGGAACUUUGUCGCCGUCCAGGUCUCAACAAAUGUGGUUUUGAGAUGCCGACAAUAUACAUCCCCAACCCACAGAAGCCAAGCCGCUGUGUGAACCAGAUCGAUGGGGUGUGUCAGACCAUCGAGAAGACCAUCAACCAGGCCGUGCAGAAGACUUUGGAUCAGCUGGAGAAAGAUUCUGACCUCAUUUGUUCCACCAUCAGCAGCAGACUGGAGAAGGACAGGACUGAUGCGACUUACAACAAAAGCGUCCGUCUUCACUCAUUCUUGUGUGGGGCUCUGGGUGUUGUCCUUCCCACCUUCUUAAUCCUCAGUUUUAUUGCUAACACCUUCUCCAAAGAGCAGCUGGAUGAGCUGUUGGGUGAAGGACCAGCUCGGUUUGUCUCCGUCUUGACCGGAAUCGUGAUGUAUUUAUGGGACUGGAUACCAGAAGAUGGACAAGUUGUGUUUGUGAUCCUUUUCGGAGCUUUUUGCUACCUCCUGCUUUUACUAGCCAAAUAUUUUGCACGCCAAGGUAAUAAGACUCUGACAAAGAAGGAGAAGCGGACGAUGGCAGAGUACCACGAUUACAUCCAGGAAAUCGUCAAAUCUAAGAAGGCGAAAUUGUACGAAUGGUACCUCCAGCAGUGUGCAGCAGAAUAUGACUUCUGACCGCUGCGCUUCAUUCGCCGCUUAAAUCAGCUGGACUUUCCAAACAGAUGAUCAUCCACCACGCGAUCAGGGGUUUUCUCUUCUCAGUCAGGUUUGUGUGUGACCUCUAACGCAGCAGAGACCACUGCCAGCAUUAAUCAUCUCAAGAUUAAAGACAAUUUAAGAAGUGCCUUUGCUAGUCAGUGCAGAAGACUGUGAUUGUAGUGAUUUGAUGAAAGCAACUUUCAUAAUGUGAAUCUUUUUUUUUUCUGUGUUUACAAGUGGAAUUCUUUGGUAGUAACUUGCAGCUGCUUUUUGCCAGCAAAUAUUUUUUUACAAUGUCUUCUUGUAGUCACAGUCCUCAAGCCUCACUGCACUCUCCUGAAGUCUGUUAUGUUGUCUAUAAGAUACCAGCAUGUCCUGCACUUGAGUUUGCAUUCUGACCGUUUGCAAUAAUACAAUAACCAAUGCUGUGAUAAGACUCGGGCAUUACAGUUGGACAUUUUCUCAAACACUUUCACAUUAAUACGAGCUGCAGUCUGUCUCUAGCCUCCAAAGAGUCUCUGUCCUACACUUAGACGGUUGUUUUGUUGUGUGAUUUGUACAGCCAAACGAUGUGCUUGUGUAAAAAUGAAUAUAAUGUGAUCGUAUUAGCGUAAACCACAGUCAAAAUCUCUGAUUUUGGUACUGUAAUACAACAGUAUAAUAAAACUGGUAAGCAGUGAAGUCUGUCUGUCACAUCCACUAGUUGUUAAUGAGCACUGAACCCUCUGUGUUGUCCACAGAAUUUAAUUUUAUGACUACAUUGACACGUUCUGCCUUCACUCCAGUGUUUAUAGACAUAUUUAUUAGUCUUUGGGGUGCUUUUUUUUACCCAAAAAAUGUAGAAAGACCUCGACGGGCUGUUUGCAAUAUUAUUGUGAACACUUAGUUGUAUUGUGUGAGUGUGUUAGAUGCCUUCCAGCUACCCUCUUCAUUAGGGAAAAUCUUUGUGUUGUAGGAUAUUCUGUUUGUUUCAUGUGAAUUUAGCUCUUCUGUGUAAUUUUUUUUUCCAAAAAAGUGUUUUUAUUGUAAUGAAACAGAGACUGAACAGAUUUUUUUUUUUUUUAGUGCUCUCAACUUAGAUAAGGAAAUCAGUCAUAAAGCUGCAAACUAUGCUCUGUCACUGCUGCAAAAACAAAAACUAUUAAACAUUUUCUACUGACCUC